CUUGAAUCAUAACAGUACUCUCCUAAAAAAGGCGCCCCCCCUCCUAAUUUCCAAAAUAAUGUUAAAUUAAAAGAUAUACAUUUAAACGUGAUAUGUAAACGUGACCGCUUUCAACGCUGUUGUUAUGUCUGCAUGGCGACGAGGCCGGCAAACACAACUCAUCUCUGUUCGUACCGAUGCACGUGGAGUGGGGGGGGGUGUUGGAAUUUUGUAAACAGCUUACUACAGUAUUGGUGUAAUAAAGUGAAAGACAUGCACGGGCACACCACAAUGGUGAGAAACUACACCCACACUGAGGCGAGUUAUAUUUAUCAUCCAUAAUACAAGUGCGAGUGGGGUUGGUGGUGGUGGAGUUGUAGUGGUGGUGGAUCACGACUUUGGUAGGGAAUUUACAUUCUCCCUGACCCACAAAUACAUUCCCAUAUUUCCACACACACACGCGCACACAAACACGCCGCGGAGAGGUUCGGGCACGGCAAUCGUACGUAGGCUUUCGCGAGCGGCACGAGGCGCUUUAUAGUUCCCCGAGCAACGCCGCGUUGUCGACGGAGCGUCCAUUCGCGUAAACAAAUUGAAGGCGAGCGCGCGACCAAACGCAACGCGGCCGCGCCGGCUCCUCCCCGCGCUCUCGGGCGGCCGCCCGACGCUAAGCGAGCGGACACAGCCGGCGGGGGCCACGCGACAUCGCCACAAAGGCGGCGAAGGAGAUUAAUCGCGUGGAUAAGCGGCGGUGGGAAGAGGAGGAAGACGAAAAGACGUGAGGAUGUGGCGGUGGUCGGGGGGAGGUGUGAGGAGGGAGGCGGCCAUGACGCAGACGCGGCCGCGCCGAGGAGGGCCAGCCGGGGGCCACUGGACAGAGUCGUCCGCCGCCCUUUGAACACUGCCGCAGGCCCGGCCUCUCUGGACAUGUCCAUCUGUGACGUUCAAGGCACCUUCAGCGGCAGGAACCCGUCCUCGGGGAGAUGGUGCGAAGCCGAACGGACGCCCGACCUCGCCACGCCACCAUACGGCCUCUCACCGAGCCCCCUGUCGCCGGUCGUCAAGCUCGAGUUCGUGCCGGAGCCUGCCGACGUCAAGCUCGAACUCGUGCCGGAUAGCGGCAGCGUCGGCGUCGGCGUCGGCGGCGCGGAGCUGAUGGCGAACGAAGGCACCCGGAGUUCGGGGUCGGCGCCUGAUGUCAAACCGGGAGUGGUCGGCCGCGAGCCCAUGCGGAGGAGCAGCAGGACGGCCGUGGCCAUGGCCGCGGCGACAGCAGUGGCAAAAGCGGCGGGGGCAAAAUCGGCGUCGUUAUCGCAACAGCGGCGGCAACAGCAGCACCAGCAACAACAUUACCAGCAGCAGAAACACCAGCAGCAACAGCCGCAGCAGGCUGGCGAAACAGUAAAGCGGUGCUUCCCGUGGUCGGACGACGAGUUCCGCGCGUGGCAGGGCCGCGCCAAGUGGCUGUUCCGCAGCCAGGAGGGCAUCGGCUGCGCCAUCUGCAGGGAGGCGAGCGUGGUGGUCUACAAGCGGCAGGGGGUCUUCCUUGCCAAGGAGUGGCGCGCCGGCAUGGUGUGGGCCAAGGACAAGAAGAAGCUGCGCAAGAAAGUGUACGAGCACCGCGACACUAAGGCGCACCGCCAGGCGAGCUAUAUCAGCGCCGUCCACGAGACGACGCAACCGGCCCCUCGCGCACCGGCACCGCCGCCGCCUAGGCACGUGGUGGACUCCAAAAGCAGGCUGUUCUCGGAGACGGAGCGCGCCUUCCGCACGGCAUACCUCGUGGCCAAGGAGGACCUCCGCGCCUGCCAGCACGAUUCCCUCUGCGCGCUGCAGGGGCUCAGCGGCGCGCGGCUCGGGCGGGCGGGCGGCACGCACGGCUGCCUGCGCGUCAUCGCUCACGUCCGCGCAGAGAUGGAGGCCAAGCUGACGGCGCACCUGGUGGGCGGCGCCGACUGCUUCUCGGUGCUCGUCGACGGCUGCUCGUUCGCGCGCCGCCGCUUCGCCGCCGUGCUGGUGCGGGCGCGCGUCGGCGCCGCGGCGUCCGUCGACAACGCGCUGCUCGACCUCGUGCGACUCCCCGACGGCGGGAGCGCCGAGGAGGCGGCGCGCGCCGUGGUGCGCCGCCUCGAGGACAAGCUGGGCCGCGCCGCGCUCGACGACAAGCUGCUGGCCGGCGCCAGCGAGGGCCCAUCGGCCGACAUCCCCGCCCUGCGCGGCAUCGGCGCGCACUUCCAGAAGGCGUUCCCGCGCCUCCUGCUGUGGCUGUGCUGCGUGGCGCACAGGCUGGAGCAGGACGCGUCGCGCUGCCUGCUGGCGAGCGGCGCCGCCGACCGGCUCGGCUCGCUGGUGACGGCGUUGGCCGAGCUGUGCGCGCGCUCGCCGAGGAACGCCGGCGAGCUGGCGGCGGCGGCGCCAGACUUCGGCGCGGAAGUGGCGCGCGUCGCCGCCGUGACGCCGGCCGACGGGCGCCACGCGGCGUCGACGUUCGCGUGCGCCCGCGCCGCGUGGCGCGGCUACACGGCGCUGCACACGCACUUCGCCCGCGCCUCCGCCGACCCGUCGCGCGCGCCCGACGAACGGGAGGCGUACCGGCGCCUGCGCGGCCGCCUCGAGAGCGCCGCGUUCGUGCGGCACCUGGCGGCCGCCAAGGACGCGCUGCGCGAGCUGCGCGCGCUGGCCGCCGCGCUGCAGGACGCACGCGCCACCGCGUGCGACGCGCUCUGGGCCGCGCGACGCGCCGUCGCCGCCGUCGCGUCCCUGCGGGAUGGCGGCGGCAAGUCUUUGAACAGGGCCGAGCGGCGGCUGGCCGACGGCCUCUUCAAGGGCGUGGUGGUGGACGACGACGACGGCGGCGACGACGGCGGCGGCGGCGGCCGGCUGGACACGGCGCGGUUCUACCAGACGCUCGUCAACGGCCUGACGGCGCGCUUCCCCGUCGACGUGUUCGAGCUCGUCUCCGUGCUCGACCCCGAGCUGUGGAAGCAACGGCAGGACGAGGACAAUGCGGGGGAUGGGAAGCGGCCGCCCUCCUCCGAGGAGGACGAGGUGGCGCGCCUCGCCCGGCGGCUGCGCCUGCCGCCGCUCGACUGCGCCUCGCAGUUCCGUAGCCGGCGGCGCGGCGCGGCCGUGCCGGAGGGCGGCGCGCUGAGCAAGCUGGAGGUGGCGAUCGCCACGCUGCCCACGUGCAGUGCCGAGUGCGAGCGCGUCACCGCCGCGCUCGCCGACGUGGCCGCGUCGCGCCAGCGCGCGGACUCUCUCCUCGACCGUCACCAGCAGCGGCGGCGGCGGCAGCAGCAGCAGCAGCAGCAGCGCCGCCGGAACCGCAAGCAGAACCGCCGGAUGUAUGGCAUCAUCAAAGAGGAAGAGGUCGACGACGAUGAUGACGUCGAUGACGACGACGAGGAUGACCUGGAUGAGGACGGCGACGAGCACCUGGCCAACGUGCUCUGGAUCAAGUGCAACGGCCCCCCGCAGGAGUGGUUCGACGCCAGGCCGCUGGUGCGCUCGUGGCUGCUGAAGCAGCAGAACGCGGAAGAGCGCAGGGACCGGGCAGUGGAGUGCGGCGGCCCCUGCAUGGAGCCGCGCGAGCUCUGGACGCUGCUGUCCUAGCGGGAGGAAGCGGGCGGGCGAGAGAGAGAGAUAGAGAGAGAGAUAGAGAGAGAUAGAGAGAGAUAGAGAGAGAUAGAGAGAGAUAGAGAGAGAUAGAGAGACGCGUGGCCCGGGAAGCAGACGGCUCUCGUCUUGUGGGGCGCCACAGUAGCGAGACGUUAACUACCUCGCCUGGUGUGCAGGAGGUCCAUCGUGAAGUUUUUUUUUGGUUCGAUAUCGCGAAUAUAAAUGCGUCGUUAACACCACCACCACUCGACAUCACCUUACCCUGGAAAAUCGCCUGGUGUAAUCACCAGCCAAACGUAGUAUUCAAAUUGUCAAUUUUGUGGGUUUACUCUCCUACACACCGGUGUGCUGAACUAGUAAUUAUAAUUGGCAUGUUUUGUUUACGUGAAAAACCUUACUAAUUGGCUGUAUCGGAUGGUGGUGGGUUCACGACACA